UUCUGACCAUUGAUUCCUAAUCCUUUUUCUUUCUAUAAAUAGGAAUAUCUCAUCCACUUUACUCCCUUUUUGCUCACUUUUUUGGACCAAGAACACCAAAUUAACAAAGAAAAAAUAGUGGGUUUUGAGAAAUUUAUGUCGGCAAGGUUUCAUUUAGCUGUGAUCGAAUUUGGAGCACCAUUAAAGCUCUGGUUUUCAGUUUCUUCACUUUUCUUGGUUGUCUGCGUGCAAUUUUCCCCAAUUUUAUCGAUGGGUUUGAGGCCCAAAAGGAAUUGUUCUGGAGCUGUAUUUUUUGAGGGAUUUCAUAUAAAGCAAUUUUUACAUCUUAUUUUGCUGUUGAGAACGCCACUUACUUGAUACAAAAAGUGUAAUCUUUACAACUUUUUCCCUGUUUUUUCCUUUUAUUUUUUAGAAAUUUUGAAUUUUCCUUUUUUAAAGAACAAAUUUUUGCUAAUAUUGAGGUUAUGCUUAAGCCUUUGUCAUCAAAAUUUGAGAAUCUUGGUAGAAACAUGAAGAACAAAGUUGAUACAAACAGAUUAGUGAGGAAAAUUAGGAUUGUUUGUAAUGAUCCUGAUGCUACUGAUGAUUCCUCGGAUGAUGAGAGGAUCGAUGAUUCGAGGUAUAAGCGUUUCGUUAGAGAGAUUAAGUUGCAGAUUGGCAACUCUUUUAAUCUUACAAAAGCCUCUGAGACUGAAUGUUCAUUUCAAGAUAGUAACAAUGGAGAGAAAAAAACAAAGAAAGAGGGUUUAGUUAAACCCCUGAUUCAACCAAGGCCAGCAGGGGGUUUAUUAUCGAAAUACAAAGGUGUUCGUCAACGAAAAUGGGGAAAAUGGGCUGCUGAAAUUCGUGAUCCGUUUAAAGGCAGACGGGUUUGGUUGGGUACUUAUAAUACUGCUGUGGAAGCUUCUCGAGCUUACGAAUUGAAACGUCUUGAAUUUGAAACUAGGGCGAAGAAUAGUAGCACAAAUGUGUCCAAGGUGAGUUCUGGUUCAAUGGUCUCUGAGUACCAAAAUCAAAGCCAAAAUGUUGCUAGUGGUGUCUCAGAGGACUAUGCAGAAAGCUCGGUAUCACGUACUUCACACUCCUUGUCAUCAUCAUCAGUUCUUGAAUUGGAUACUUUAACUUCUGUAUCCGCGUCUGCUCCAAUUUUAAGACUUAAUGGCCUAAACAAUAAUGAAAAGGCGAGCAAUGUUACGCCUUUGGAGGCUAAUGUUGUUGAACAAAAAGUACCUGAGUUGGCUAUAAUGGAGGAAACUCUACCUCUGUCUCAAAUUGGAGAAAGUAUGGACCUUGAUUUGGAGCUCGAGUCGUUCCUCAUUGGCGCUGAUGAUUUCAAUCAGCAUUUGGAUGAGUUUGUUGUCAAUGAUUUUGAGGACCCUCCGGUUUGUCUAAUCGAGGGUGAUGAGCAAUUGCCUACUGGUUUGCCUGAUUUUGAUGACUUCAAUUUCGAUGGCUACAAUGAAUCCUUUUCUUGGAUGGAUGAUGCUCCACGGACGAAUGGAACACCCCUCAAUAUAGCAUGCCCAUAAUUUUGCAGCUAGGUGAUGAGUUUAUGUUUUGGUAGUAUUAGUACUAAGCGUCAAAAGAGUUGUCUGUCUCAAGAAUCAGUUAACUAGAUGCUCGAGACUGUGAUUUUCCUUAAUCGAGUUCUACUUGUUUGUUAGUUCUAAGAAGUUAUCGAGUCAAGGGGAUGUUUUUGUCGUUUUCAAAGAAAUUGCUAGUCCCUUUGGGUUUUCCCGUGCUCUUAUGAGCCGUCCAAAGGGCUUCAAUCUCAAUGUGCUUAGUCUUCGAGUGUUUGUUGCCUGAUGAAAGGGCUUCAAACGACUGUCAUUUUAUUCCCUAUUAUGCAUCUUUUUUUGAACUAUGUUAUCUAUGAUGAGUAUGAUAUGAUAUCUCUCAAAGACCUUUUUAAGACAGCUCUUUAGUUUUGUCUAUACUUCUCCUUAUUGAUUCCCAUAGUAAAUUUAUCUGUU